GCUAGAAAGUAUAAGGUUUGAACUAUAAAAAUACAGGGAACUCCGCAAUCAAGUCUAGAACACCACUUUGAUGCUGCUUAGGUCCAGUAAAUCUAGGGAACUGUAGCCUGCCUGUAAACCUGGAUUUCUUGACCGCUUGGACUGAUGCUGUUGGGGAAAGCAAAUUUUUGGGAAAACAUCUGGCAUCUGAACAGAGUGGCAGCGAGUCUCUCCACAUGCUGUUGAUAUCACUGGCAAUUAUCACUGGCAGAUGACUUUAACAACAUUGGGUAAAACAUAUGGGUAGCAGAAUGACAGCAGCCCAAGAGUUAAGAAAUACAGAUGUAGAUGCAAGCUGGCCGAACAAAGUCAUAGACCUUUCAUUAGCAAACACCACUCCUAAUGCUUUGAUGGAUUUGGAACAACCAGAAAGCAGUAUUUGUACUACUGGAGACAUGAGGGUGGUAGAAAAUCUCAGUGUCCCUGAAGCUACUAAGAACAACAUCGGUGAAAAGGCUCCUAUCAUCCAUAUUACAGUAUUAGAUUAUGAACUGUCUCAGAUCCCCCAAGCGUUUAGAUACUGUGUACCAAGAAAGAACAGCCCCCCUAGCAUGCCAUCUAACCUGAGCCACAGCUGUAAUGUAUUUUCUCACAAAGAGAAAGAUGGCUGUGAAGUCAAGAGCAGAAAGACUGAGUCUGUUUUAAAACCUGGAACAUGUACCAAGAUGUCUCAAGACUUCAUUAUUCUAGGCAAGAGUUCCAUUCAACAUCAGUCAAAUAAAACAAAAAAUCAAAUUUCUUGUAUUCAAGGACAGUCUUACGAAGAUGCUGGGAUUUCCUUAAAGUUGCAGAAGAAACAAUCUCAGAAGGAGAAAUGCCAUUUUGAUCAGAGGAACCAGAAACCUCCAAAGCAGGUACUUCCCUGUAUUUCCAAAAGCUCUGUUAGCUUAGGAAAAACGAUCACUCCUGUUUCUGUUAGACAAGCACAGUCUACCUUAGAUAUCAAGGAUCUGAACUACAGUGACAUGUUUAAGGAAAUACUUUCCAAUGACAAAGGUCCUGGCAUUUAUGAAAUGUUUGGGACUCCAGUAUACUCCCGUGAGCCAACUGGACAUGAAAAUGGGUGUUGCAGAAAUGUGCGUUCUGCUCCAGCUAGGAGACUCAGAGCUAUAAAGCCUAAAUCUAAUCAUCUCAGUGAGAAGAAGAACAGAGCAAGAAAUACCCAGAGGAGGACGUAUCCUAAACCACACAAGAAUCCUCCUGGCAUUAAACAGAAGCAUAAGGAUUUGAUGCCAAGAGAGGCAUCCGAGCUAGAGGAUAGUAGCCAAGAACAGGGUGAAGGCAUAGGCACUUCCAGCACAGAUGGGCAAAUAAAUACUUCAAGGAAUUCUACAACAUUUUAUGAAGAUGAUGCUCAGCAGCUUCCAGUUUCUACAGAGCUUACACAAUCCGGUAAACCUAAUGAAGUCAUACCUAUUUCCCACUUAGCAGCUAUUGAAGAAACCUCACUCGAACACUCUUCAGAUGUCGGUGAUCAUUGUAUUCCUAGAGUAUUUGUUUCCAGCUUCCAGGAAUUACUUUGGCCACAGGUUAAGGAUCAUGCAAAAUAUGCUUCUUUUUUGAGCAGUGCAAGAGAAAGAAAUGAAAAUAAAAAUCUAAAAAACAGCAAAUGCUUAAAGCACAGAAUAACCGAAGCCCUCAACUGCCAUGUCAAUCAGGAUUUGUGUAGUGAAGAUAAUCAAGAAGUCCCUUCUACAUUUCCUUUGCCAGAGAGAGUACCAAGCUCACCUCGACAAAAUCUCCAGCAUGGAAAUGUUAACUUAGCAAAUGCAUCAGCUAAGUGGACUUGUCAUUCUACAAGCCCCUUUCCCCAGACAUGUGAAAAUAUCCUGAGCUGCACAAACAGUGAAGAAAUAGCAGAGGACUUACUUUGUUGCUUAGCAGCUCAGUUGCUCUCUCUUGAUGAUGCAGAGGCCAGUGAUUCCAGAGCAGUUAUGAAAAAUGAAAACGGUGAAGCACAAAAAGGAUACACCGGGAAUAAAGAAGCCACUGCAACAAAUAAUGCAAAUAAUAAGAAUUGCUGUCCAACUAUCCUGGAGUCCAAUGGGGAAAAUAGAUUUUGCAGUGCAAUAAUAUUUUCAGAAAGCAGUUUAACUAAUGAAGACCCUAUCAUGUGGACCAAAGGUGAAAUCCUUGGAAAAGGUGCCUAUGGCACAGUGUAUUGUGGACUUACAAGCCAGGGGCAAUUAAUAGCUGUGAAACAAGUAGCGCUGGACUCCUGUGAUCAAGCUGAAACUGAAAAGGGAUACCAGAAAUUGCAAGAAGAAGUUGAGAUUUUGAAAACUCUCAAACACAUCAACAUUGUGGGAUACCUGGGGACAUGUUUGAAAGAUAACAUUGUGAGCAUCUUCAUGGAGUUUGUUCCUGGUGGCUCAAUUUCAAGUAUUAUUCACCGUUUUGGACCAUUGCCUGAAAUAGUCUUUUGUAAAUAUACAAGACAAAUUCUUCAUGGAGUUGCAUACCUACAUGAAAACCAUGUGGUACACAGGGAUAUUAAAGGCAACAAUGUCAUGCUUAUGCCAAAUGGUGUGAUCAAGCUCAUAGACUUUGGAUGUGCAAAACGUUUGGCAUGCGUAAGUCUGACUGAUACACAUAGUGACCCACUCAAGUCUGUCCAUGGCACUCCUUACUGGAUGGCACCGGAAGUAAUAAAUGAAUCCGGCUAUGGAAGAAAAUCAGAUGUCUGGAGCAUUGGUUGCACCGUCUUUGAGAUGGCGACAGGAAAACCACCACUGGCAUCCAUGGACAGAAUAGCAGCCAUGUUUUAUAUUGGAGCCCAUAGAGGGCUGAUGCCUCCGAUUCCCAGUCAUUGCUCAAGAAAAGCAGCUGAUUUUGUCCAUGUGUGCUUAACUAGGGACCAGCAUGUGCGGCCUACUGCUCUACAGUUGCUACAGCAUCCCUUUGUGAAGGGAAACCCAUGAACUUUGCAAAGCUUCCUAUCAGAUAUCAAGAUUUUCUACUUACGGAAGGUUAAAUGACUCUAAUUACACCAGCGUUUACCUUUCAGCUUCAGGAUAAACUGGACAAAACUAUGGUUAUUAUCAUAAAGCUACACAUAAUUGUAAUUCAUUAUUAAAUUCUUAUGCAUUUUUGUAUGCGUAAGAUGUAUGAAUCCUUUGAGAUCCUUGACCUCCAUCUGUCCAUUACCUUAACCUUCUCCAUUGUUACUUAACAACCAAAUAGAUUUCCAGGGUAUGAGCUUUUGAGAGUCAAAGCUCCCUUUGUCAGAUAGUUGGUCUUUAAGGUGCUACUGGACCAGAAUCUUGCUCUUCUACUACAGACCAACACGGCCACCCACCUGAAACUCUCUCUCCAUUGUUACUGAUGCAGCAACCCCAAGUUUGGGAACUGGAUGUUUUUAGUAGCAUGUGCCAGUGGGUGAUGUAGUCCACUUGAAAACCCUCAAAAACUGUGUUAAAGGGAAAUCAUCAUGUACCAAGGCAGAGAGAGUUAUCUCAGGUUGAAUUUUGUUGUCAAAGAUUCACCGUGAUUUAUAACAUUGAUGUGGGGGAUUGUAUUUAUACUGAAAUGUCAAAUAAAUCCAACAUAGUUC